CCCAACAUCCAGCUCCAGUCCGACGACGGCGGAGGCACCACAGAGCAGCAGAGUGAUCCCCUACAGCUCGACUCAACUCCCGGCGUCAAAAAAAGCGGAAAUGGGCUGUCAGUGAAACCCGGGCGGUGGAGGGGAGAGGCGGGCAGCCGGGGGGUGGGGGGGAACGACGAGACAAGAGAGUGGUGGGAGAAACAGCCAGAGAGAACAAACAAAAGCACAAUCGAGGGUGCCUGCAACCAUGAGCGGCUUGCACUAUUCGCCGGAGCUGCUGCGGCUGCCGCUGCCGCUCUGCACGACGCGGACCAGGUCGUGAGGUGUGGCUCGGAAACGCUCCGGGGAACCUUGUCAGCCGAAACGACUCGCCGAGGAGGAGCAGGAGGAGGUGGGGUGGUGGUGGAAAAUAUGUCCGCCUCGGUGGGGCCCCAGGGUGGCCCUCGACCACCCACCGCGCCGCCAUCCAUGCCGGAUCUGCCGGACCUGAGUCAUCUCACCGAGGAGGAGAGGAAGAUCAUCAUGGGUGUGAUGGCUCGGCAAAAGGAGGAAGAAGAUAAAGAACAAGCCAUGCUUAAAACACUGCACCAGCAGUUUGAGAGCUACAAACAGGAGGUGCGUCGCAUUGGGGCGGACACACGGCGUCAGCAGACCCUGCAGAAGGACGACGCGCCCACCUGCGGUAUCUGCCGCAAGACCAAGUUUGCGGACGGCUGUGGCCACCUCUGCUCCUACUGCCAGACCAAAUUCUGUGCUCGCUGUGGAGGGCGAGUCUCUCUACGCUCCAACAAUUGUGUCAUAGUGAAGGACAGGGUGAUGUGGGUAUGCAACCUGUGCCGUAAACAGCAGGAGAUUCUCACCAAAUCAGGAGAAUGGUUUUCUGGAUCAGGGGUGCGGCCUGGGAUCCUGGGCACCUCCUUAAACAACCUAGCCAGAGGAGGUGAGGCUCAACGAGACGGGAAACUACUCCGCUCCAGAUCCCAAGCCCCGUCCUCUGGCAACCCAGGGCCACAAGACGGGACACAGCCACCCUCUGGCGUCACUGCUGCCAAGGGUGCUGACAACAUGCCCGGCACACGGUCACAAAGCGAGCCACCUAAAGAAAAGAAAAGGCCAGUGUCCCUCCAUGAACAAAAUGGUAAGGGAGGAACGGGGCGGGGAAGUGGCCGCAGAGCUGCCGGGAAGCUGCUGUCUCAGUCGUCCCUGGAUGAGAGGGUGAUGUCCGGGGACAAAGGAGAAAGGCGGUUAGUAGACGGACGGAGGCUGGAGAAGAUCCAUUCUCAGAACUACGAGGAAGGGCAGGAGAACUUUGGUUUUUCAGAAACCCAACGGAGACGCCCGGAGGACGAAGAGCAGAGAGAACGCAAGCGCCGCGAGGAGGAGUUUCAGAAUCGUUACCGUAGCGACCCCAACCUGGCACGGUACCCAGUAAAACCACAGAAAGAGGAGCAGGAGAUGCGCAUGCAUGCCAAGGUGUCCAAGGUCCGCCAUGAAAGACGACAUAGUGAUUUGGCGAUCAAUGAGGUGGGACUGGGACCUGAAGGAGGCAGUGCAGGGGAGGUGCCUGAGAACCGACUGGCAAGGAGGGCUGGAGGUAGGGAGGGAGACCGCAAAGCCGGUUUGGAGAACCACCGAGCCUACUCUGUGGAAAGGACCGUGGGGGUUGGAGGGGGAGCUCCACCAGCCGGAGGUGGAGUGAGAUCAGGACCUCAACCUGGGGGGCCGGUGCCUCCAGAUUGGGGUCCUAACAAAGGCCGCCUGGAUCCCGGCACAACACGGACACCAAGGGACAAGGGUGGGGAGAACCUGCUGAGGAAGGACUCUCAGAGCUCGGACCAGUCGGAGUCUUUGCGGCCGCCCCCUCCGCGGACGUACAAGAGUAAGCGCGGAGUCAACAAGAGGCAGAUGUCCAUCAGCAGCUCAGAAGAGGAGGGUGGCUCCACGCCUGAGUACACCAGCUGUGAGGACGUGGACAUGGAAAGCGUCAGUGAGAAAGGUGACUGGGAUUGUCAUUCUCUAGAUCCUACAGUUUGGCAUCAUCCAGUUACGUGGCAGCCAUCCAAGGAGGGUGACCACCUAAUUGGACGAAUCACUCUAAGCAAGAGGUCAGCCAUGCCGCGGGAGGCUGGCUCGCUCCUUGGCCUAAAAGUGGUUGGAGGGAAGAUGACAGAGAUAGGGAGACUCGGGGCCUUUAUCACAAAAGUUAAGAAAGGCAGCCUGGCAGAUGUCGUGGGACACCUACGAGCAGGGGACGAAGUGCUGCAGUGGAACGGGAAGUCGUUGCCUGGACUAACAAAGAAAGAAGUUUACAACAUUAUCCUUGAAUCCAAGGCUGAACCUCAAGUGGAAAUUGUUGUGUCAAGACCUAUAGGAGACAUCCCAAGAAUCCCAGAGUCAUCCCACCCUCCUCUAGAAUCAACUGGCUCGAGUUCCUUUGAGUCACAAAAGAUGGACCGUCCUUCUAUUUCAGUGAUGUCCCCUACCAGCCCUGGGACCCUCCGAGACCUCCCGAUGGUACUGCCUGGACAGCUCUCUGUGAAGUUGUGGUACGACAAAGUGGGUCAUCAGUUGAUCGUCAACGUCCUUCAAGCCAUAGAUCUGCCAACCCGUACAGACGGACGACCUCGGAACCCCUAUGUCAAAAUGUACUUCCUGCCAGAUAGGAGUGAUAAAAGUAAACGGCGGACUAAAACAGUGAAGAAGAGCGCUGAUCCCAAGUGGAACCAGACAUUCUUAUAUUCCCACGUUCAUCGGCGGGACUUUAGAGAACGAAUGUUAGAGAUCACAGUGUGGGACCAGCCCAGGGUCCAGGAGGAGGAGAGUGAAUUCCUUGGAGAGAUCCUGAUUGAGUUGGAGACGGCCUUGCUGGACGAUAUUCCUCAUUGGUAUAAACUCCAGACACAUGACGUGUCCUCUAUACCUCUGCCUCAGCCCUCCCCGUACCUCCCACGCAGACACGUCCAUGGAGACAGCCCAAGCAAGAAACUACAAAGGUCGCAUCGCAUCAUUGACACAGAGUUUGAUGAUGGUUUGAUGGUUGUGAAUAAAGAUGCAGAGCGUAACUCCAGGGAGAGAGAACGAGGCAGUACGCUGGCUGUACCUGAGCAGCAGCGGCAAGUCCAGCACCGCUCCCGCUCUGUGUCUCCUCACCGAGAGGACUCCUGCAGGGCUCGCUCACGGCCUGCACACGUCCCCAUGCAAAGGAGUCUGGAUGAGAUCCACCAGAACCGCCAUCAGUCCCACUCGCCUUCCCCCUCCCGCUACCACGACUCCCACCUGGAGCACCAGCGCUCCGGGGACUCAGACUACGAGUACUCUGAAGACAGUGAGGUCCUGGAGAUGCACAGGUCUAUCCGAGGUGGGAGUGCCGAGUGCCUGCAUACAAACAGGGGCGUAGGUAGAUACAGCAACACACUCCCCCCAAAAAUGCCCCUGUUAGUAAACGGUAUCCAUAAAGACAUUUACAGCUCAACCCUCCCUGCAUGCCUAAAGAGCAAGCCGCCCUCCAGGCAGGAAGGGGGCAGCACCAUGCCUCGUAGCAUCCUUACACACCGUGUGCUAAGGUUCACUGAUGAGGUCACGGUUAGCGACCUGCAGCCGUCGUUGGACAGAGUAAGGAGUGCCAGCACCACCUGUCUCAGACCAGACACCAACUUUCACUCCUCUGACAGAGACAGGUGCUCCAACUCUUUGCCCCACAAGACUCCCCCAAGCCCCAGGAUCUUUGUAGAACAUGUGACCCCUGAAGAAGACAGGCCGUGUAGCAAUUCAUCAACUCCCAACUGUCACAGGGGCAGCAGAAAAAGUCUGGAGGGGCACGGUCGUAUCCAGCCCACCUCUAUCCUGAGGGGCAGUAGGGGGAGAGGGGGCCCUCUGAGGCCCUUUGGGCAGACGGCCCUGUCUGGGUCUUGCCCAAACUCACCUCGUCUAGACAGAGCACACACUCAUGGCAGCCCCUCUCCUACGGGGACUCACUCAUCAGGUCGCAGGGGCCGGCAACUGCCUCAGCUCCCUGCAAAAAGCAGCAGCAUAGAGCAAGCUCUCGCAGUAGAGGAGCGUGCCCGACAGCUGCAGAUGAAAGUACAUUCCUACCGGCCUUCAGCCUCCCACGACCCCGAGACGGACCUCAAGACAAAACGGGAGAUGUACGCAGAGCAGCGGCGUAGCAGCGACAACAUGUCGGCCAGAUCGUCAGACAGCGACAUGAGCGAUAUGUCGGCCCUCUCCCGUGCCAGCAGUGCCUCCCGCCUCAGUAGCACCAGCUACAUGUCCAUCCAAUCAGAACGACCGGGAGGACGACUCAGAUCCAAGUCGUUAGAGGAGGAGAAGAAAGACAGGAGGAUUUCGUGGGGGGUGAAUGGAGAGGAUGAGAGGAGGAAGGCAGCAGGAAAGAGACGAUUCUCUGCGGAGUUGAAGCGCAGGAGACACACUGUAGCCGGAGACACGAGGGAGUCCAGCAUGCUGAAGAGUUCAAGUGUGAGCGGAGAGAUCUACACACAGGAGCGCACUGACGGUAGCCAAUCAGACACGGCGCUGGGUACGGUUGGCGGCGGCAGCAAGAAGAGACGCUCCAGCCUCAGCGCGCGGGUCGUGGCCAUCGUUGGCAACCGUCGCAGCCGCAGCACGUCACAGAUCAGCGGCCCUGAGGGGAAGAGUAAAAAGGAGAAAGGUGCACCCAUCCAGAGGAGCACAGAGACCGGCAUGGCAGUGGAGCUGACCCGCAACAUGAGCCGGCAGCCCAGCAGAGAGUCCAACAACGGCAGCAUGAACAGCUGCAACUCUGAGGGGAAUUUGAUCUUCUCUGGAGUCAAUCUGGGGGCCAGCAGUCAGUUCAGUGACUUCCUGGAUGGCCUGGGACCGGCUCAGUUAGUGGGGAGGCAAACUCUGGCUACUCCUGCUAUAGGUGACAUCCAGAUUGGCAUGAUGGAGAAGAAGGGUCAGCUUGAGGUGGAAGUCAUCCGAGCUCGAGGACUCGUUCAAAAGCCAGGAUCCAAAUCCCUCCCUGCUCCAUACGUCAAAGUCUAUCUGCUGAAUAAUGGAGCGUACGUAGCCAAAAAGAAAACAAAGAUUGCACGGAAAACACUUGACCCACUGUACCAGCAAGCAUUGCUAUUCGAAGAAAGUCCACAGGGUAAAGUCUUACAGGUGAUUGUAUGGGGGGACUAUGGCCGUAUGGACCAUAAGAGCUUCAUGGGAGUUGCACAAAUCCUAUUGGAGGAACUAGACUUAUCAAGCACAGUCAUUGGUUGGUACAAAUUAUUCCCACCAUCCUCAUUGGUGGAUCCGACACUUGCCUCACUGACGCGGCGGGCUUCCCAGUCGUCACUUGACAGCUCCUCCGGACCUCCAGGAGUCAGAUCCUAGUGGACCGACUGCUCUGCACGCGCUUGAAAAAGUUCAACAACAAACUAUGAAAUGUUCUGCAGAGAGGGAAACAAACACGGAAAAGAAAAGAUGGCGGAGAUGUAGAACAACAACAACAAUCAGAAACAGUCACAAUGAGAAAGCUUUGCUGAGAUCUGACAAUCACUUCUGUCGUGGUUAAUUUUUUGUCCGUUGUAGAGAGCGCCACAUUUCAGUGUUUCAUUAUCAUUCAAAGAAGAAAAAAAAGUCUCGUAGUUUUUUCUCUGUGUACGAUGGAGAAGCAGAGCCGGUUGAGCAGUCGCUCUCGAGAUGGGAGAUCAAAACGAAACAGGGUGGUUUUUCACUGAAUCAACAAUAGCAAAGAAAUGUACAUUAGCAUCGGAAUGUAAGUGAAGCGGUAAUCACCCUCCACACCUGCAGGGGGCGCAGUCCUCUCUGCAGUGGCCUCCUCCAGAACCCAACAGACUGCCGACAUCCUGGCCCCCCCCCCAGGCAGGGUGCUCCCACGUGGGUGUUCAGUCUGGAAGCACAGGGCCUUCUUCUGGUGCCUAGACCUUAGAGCCACAUCACUGGCCUCCUCUCUGUCAAAGACAAAUCUUCAUUAUGUUUACCGUGGCUGCUCGACGCCACACCGUUUUAGCGUGAUUGCUUUGUCGUUCAUUUUCUUUUCCCUUUGUUACUACUGGCACAAAAAGGUUUUUACAGUGCAUAAAAUGCUUAUGAUAGUUUUGUCAGUCUGGUGUGUGCAUGGAGAUUAAAAAAAAAAAAACUAAACACAAGAGAUAUAAAAAAAAAGGAUAUCAAAUCUAUUAAAUGUCUGCAAGUGUUAUGCAGGGGUGGGGGAGGGGCUGAAAAUGAUGGCACAUCUUAGAUUUUUACACUUGACAGUGAGAUUAGCGUGCAGCGCUGUUUUCCUUGUUCCACCGCUGGCACAUAUCGGGGCCAGUUGUCUUUGUAUAGAUGUAAAUUGGGUUGAUUAGUUGACCUACAAAUGAAGUUUAUGUCACUUUGAAAUGCCACAAGGGUUCAACAUCACUGUAAAAAGAUUUAAAAAAUAAAAUAAAAAUAAAUAGGAAGUCUUUGUUCAUCAACGCAAAGAGACAUUAUGGGAGCGUCUAAUUUUUUCACCCUGGCACGUUUCAGGUUUCUAUCCAGCCCUUAGUUGACCUUGAGCACAAGAGCUUGAUUUUUUUACGACAAAAAGUUUAACUUUUUGAGAAAAAAAAAUAGAUUAAAAAAAAAUAUAU